CGCGCGCCGGCACAGCGCGGCAACAUUCAGUAAUCGCAAGAAGAAAGUUAGUUGUUUUAAGUUUAUUACCUUCGCCUGCCACUGUACCGGUAAAUUUUAGAUAAGUUGUGUUUCACUAAGUUAAGUUUUAGGGUACGUUUUAACGCGCGCAAUGGCUACGAUGGUAGACAUGGAAGACAGGAAGACAUCCAACGGUGAGGCUCACCUCGAUGAGCCCAUGCCCAACGGGCUACACAGCCACAAGAAGACCCCGGAGCCCCUGUCCCAGCGCGUGCUGAGGAUCGUCAGAGCCAAUUUGCUGGUGAUUCUCACCGUGGCCGGGGUUAUCGUUGGUAUUUUUAUUGGACUUGGUGUGCGUAAUGCAGAGCUAACGCGAACCCAAGUGAUUUACGUCGGCUUCCCAGGUGAGAUUCUCAUCCGGUUGCUGAAGAUGAUCAUCAUUCCCCUGGUGGUCUGCAGCCUUGUGUCCGGAGCGGCCAGCAUCGACCCUAAAGCUCUUGGCAAACUCGGCGGCUGGGCAAUGCUCUUUUUCCUGGUCACCACCUUGAUUGCGUCCUCGAUUGGGGUAGUGAUGGGUUUCAUCGUGUCCCCGGGAUCUGUGCCAGUAUCCAGACCGGCCUCUUUGGAUGAAGCGGUGCCUGCUCGUAAAGAAAUAAUAGACUCCUUCUUAGAUUUGAUAAGAAACAUCUUUCCGUCCAACCUUGUGUCUGCUGCUUUUCAGUCAUAUGCAACCUCCUAUAAGCUGAUAAAAAAGAAUGGCACAGAUGGAGUCCCUAACAUCACAGCAGAGCAGGUGCCUUUUGGAACAGACCAGGAUGGCAUGAAUAUUCUUGGUCUUGUAGUGUUUGCCAUCGCAUUUGGGGUGGCUUUAAGGAAGCUGGGUGAGGAAGGAGAGAUCCUGAUCAAGUUCUUCAACUCCUUCAACGAGGCCACCAUGGUGCUGGUCUCUUGGAUCAUGUGGUAUGCCCCUCUCGGCAUCAUGUUCCUUGUAGCUGGUAAGAUUGUUGAAAUGGAAGAUGUUGGAAGCCUGUUCGCCGGCUUGGGAAAAUAUAUCGCCUGCUGCCUCGCUGGACAUUUCAUCCAUGGGUUUCUUGUGCUGCCUGGCAUCUACUUUAUCAUUACAAGGAAGAACCCUUACAGCUUCCUGUGGGGGAUAUUCACAGCUCUGGCCACAGCGUUUGGAACAAGCUCCAGCUCUGCCUCGCUGCCCCUCAUGAUAAAGUGUGUGGAGGAAAAUAACGGCGUAUCCAAGCACAUCAGCCGAUUUAUCCUGCCCAUCGGAGCAACGGUCAACAUGGACGGAGCUGCUCUCUUUCAGUGCGUGGCUGCAGUUUUCAUUGCUCAGCUGAACAACAUCUCCCUGAACUUCAUCCAAGUCAUUACCAUCCUUGUUACAGCAACAGCAUCCAGCGUUGGAGCAGCAGGAAUUCCUGCUGGUGGUGUGCUGACUUUGGCUAUCAUUUUGGAAGCAAUAGGACUUCCCACUAACGACAUCUCUCUUAUCCUAGCUGUUGACUGGAUUGUAGAUCGUACCUGCACCGUGGUGAAUGUGGAGGGUGACGCUUUCGGAGCUGGGCUCUUGCAGUUCUUUGUGGACCGUGCGGCAAAGCGAAAAGGAGCAGAGCUGAGCGAGGUCAGGCUGGAGAGUGAUCAGUCUGCUGCUGCCCCCGAGAGCUCGCCGCUCAUUAGUAAACGAAGUGCAAACGAUGCUAAGAUGGCGCCGCCUAGUGAAAAAGAGUCAAGUAUGUAACGUAAUUGCUGACAUUAUCAAGAAUUCCCUCCAUAAGUUAUUUUGAUACUUGUACAAAAAAAAAACUGUGCUUCAAGCCCCCCCAUUUCCACUGUCUGCCCUGAAGUGCAAAAGCAGACUGGACGACCUUAAAAACAGACGUCAAGACUUUUUAAGUAAACCCACUCUGGGAGAAACAUUGAAGUUUAAAAAUGAAGUACAUCCAUAGUUUACUACACUGACUGUUUUCUGUUCUCCAUCUGGAAUCCAACUGUUUUCUUGUCAAUUACUUGUCUUUUAUAUUCAGCUUUGGCAGGUUUCAUUCUUUUUUUUUUUUUUUUUUUCUCGUCAUCAUUUUUAGUUUGUUUUACAUAAGUAGCUGUGGCAAAAUGAAGUCUGUACUGAUAGUGUUAGAAAGGAUCCGUUAAUCACGUUACAUUUGUGGCACUUCACACUGUGUGGCGGUUGUGGGUGGGGCAGAAGUACAUUUUUCCUAGAGACUCAAUUCACACUCUGAAGCACACCACAGGAACUUUUCCUCUUGGAUCUAAAAUACGUUAAAAUGCAUGGACGCAGUUUGAUCUCUGACAUCUUCAUGUAGCGAAAAGCGCUAGGACCAGCUCUCUUCUGCUCAAAGGCUGUUCUUUGAGCCCUCCUUAAAUCCUCCAGGACCAAAAAUCAAGCAAACUGGGGACAUGGUGGUCUGGCAACACUAUGUGUUUUGUAUGAGUAACAAACUUCAUUACACUACAAAGAUGACUCGGUUUCAUCAGAACUGCGCUGGAAGUCUCCAUGCCUAAAGAACCACAGGUGAUUCGUAAUGUGUGUCCAUUUAUUUAUGGAAUGCUGUCAACCCCUUUGUUUUUAUAUUUGAUAUUUACACGUUUUUUUUUUUUUUAAAUAUUUAUUCCUUUAAUCAAAAUCCAAAGACCAUUUUUAAUGUUUAACUAUUAAAUUAUGGGGAUGUUAUAAAUUUUAAGGAGACAAAUACAUUUCUUAUGCAAUGCUAAACUGUUAAAUGUUGCCAGGUAACGGUUUUGUACUUUGUUUUUUUUGGUUUUUUUUUGUUCUUUUUGUGGUUUACUAUGUGCAUGUCUGGCUUAAUCAGGUUUUUUUUUUUUUUAAAGUCUGUUAUAAUUUACUAC